AUGUCACAGAGAAGUUAUAGCCAUUACAGAAAUUUCUCAAGAGAAGGAUUCCAACCGCUGAGGCAUCAGACAUCGAGGGAAAUGGCCUCCAACCCUAACGACGUUACCAUCGACAUCCCGCUGACCAAGGUCGGCACCUCCGGCAGUCGUACUGGCGCCCGCAAGCCGGAUGGCUUUACACCUGCACCAGCACCACAGAGUUCAGACACUCCCGAACCAAUGGACGAGAAGCAGUCUCAUCACUUCCUUAGAGGAGGCCCUGCAGGCAGACGGAGGAGACGGGACCAGCAGGUGGAAGGGAACAAUGACAAGGACGAGGGUGGUUUGAACGCUGUUGGCAGACUCUACCGAAAAAUCUACAACUUCUCCGUUGUCACGAGAUAUUUCAUCUACGUGGCACCCCUUGCUGCCGCCAUUGCAGUGCCCAUCGUCGUCGGCGCCACGGUCGCAGAAGGAGCAAGAAUCGGCGGUGUCAAAAUUGUUUGGUUCUUCAGCUGGAUUGAGGUCGUCUGGAUAUCGCUAUGGGCAUCGAAAGUGUUGGCCCGGUUUCUGCCCUAUCUGUUCCAAUAUUUCACAGGAGUGGUCAGCACGGGAACCAGAAAGUAUGCGCUCCUCUUGAGAGCUCUCGAAAUACCUCUGUCGCUGGUGGGAUGGUCGAUCUGUUCUCUCACCACCUUUGUGCCCAUCAUGACUCUCAAUCCCGACCAGAGAGCCAGGGGCGAGACAAGUUUGAAAGAUUGGGAGUCGGUGGUCAAGAACAUCCUCUUUGCAUGCGUCUUCUCGACCCUGCUGCUUCUGUGCGAAAAACUGUUCAUCCAACUGCUUUCCAUCAGCUACCACCGCAAGCAGUUCUAUGACAGGAUCAAAGAGUCUAAGCGUCACGUUUAUCUUGUCACCUUGCUGUAUGACGCCUCUCGACAGCUCUUCCCGAUGUAUUGUCGCGAGUUCGCCGAGGAGGAUUACCUGAUCAACAAUGUGCUUGAUCUGGCGGCCCUUACCAGCAAGCGCAACAGUUUAUUCAAUGGUCACAAGAGAUCGGGUUCGGCCACGCCCAUGAGACUCAUUCAGAAUGUUGCGCGAAUAGGCGAUAAGGUCACCUCAGCUUUCGGCAACGUGGCGCAGGAGAUUACCGGAAAGCAAGUCUUCAAUCCCACUGCUUCGCAUUCCGUUGUCGUCCAAGCUCUGGAGAAGAAGCAUUCGGCCGAAGCACUUGCCCGACGCUUAUGGAUGUCAUUUGUGCUUGAAGGUCGAGAAGCGCUUUACCUGGAAGACAUCAUCGACGUACUAGGCGAAUCGCACGAGGAGGAGGCACAUGAGGCCUUUGAGAUUCUAGAUGUCGAUUGCAACGGUGACAUCUCCCUCGAAGAGAUGAUUCUACGAAUUACGGAAUUCGGCCGGGAGCGCAAGGCCAUUGCCAACAGCAUGCACGAUGUCGACCAAGCAAUCCACGUAUUGGACAACCUGCUCUGCUCCGUCGUCUUCAUCGCUACCAUCUUUAUCUUUGUGGCUUGGCUCAACAAGAACUUUACCACCACCCUUGCCACGGCCGGUACCGCACUGCUUUCGCUGUCUUUCGUCUUUUCGGUCACGGCUCAGGAGGUUCUGGGUUCAUGCAUCUUUCUCUUCGUCAAGCACCCAUUCGAUGUCGGAGACCGAGUCGACGUUGGAGACAAUCAGUAUAUCGUGGAGCGGAUGUCACUUCUGUACACGGUUUUCCGCCGGGUCGCAGAUCAGAAACGAACUCAAGUUCCCAACAAUGUUUUGAACACGCAGUGGAUCGACAACGUUUCGCGUAGCAAAGCGAUGCGCGAGAGGAUCAAGCUCUAUGUCAGCUUCGAUACUACUUUUGAGGAUCUCGAUCUCUUGAAGAAGGAAAUGACCAACUUUGUCAGGGACAAGGACAAUGCACGUGACUACCAACCCGAUCUCGAUAUUGAAGUUACUGGCCUGGCUGAGAUGGACAAGAUGGAGCUGACGCUCGAAAUCCGGCACAAGUCCAAUUGGGCCAACGAGGCCGUUCGGGCCGCCCGGAGAAGCAAGUUCAUGUGUGCGUUGGUCCUGGCUUUGCGGAAGAUCCCUAUCUACGGACCUGGUGGCGGUGCUCCUGCUGCUGGCGAUCCCGCAAACCCAACAUACUCGGUGGCCAUCAGCGAUGAGGAGGCGAAGAAGAACAAGGCUGCUUUUGAGGAAGAGAAAGACAAGAGCAGACUGGUUCCGCUAUUGCCCCAUCACAAGGCAGAUACCCAAGCCCAAAACGUUCAGUCCCCUUCGACCGAAGCGCAAGGCUCUUCAAGCGGAGCGGAGACGAAAGAGGCUGCAGCAGUGGACCACCUGAUCCGACGCAAUGUUGCCGUGGAUCCGGAAGAAACCCAUGACCGCGAACGAGAGGUUGCCAUGAGCAAGCAACGUUCGAACGAGCUCGAGGAAGUCCGGAAUAUCCUUCGACGCGAAUCGACCACAGGUCGGCGUCGGGCAGCGGGACAUACUGGUUUGUCUUUGACAGACAGUGCCGUGACCCGAAUGGGAUCGCGCACUAUCCCAACGGUCCCUGAUUCUUCGCCGCCAGAGCAGGUUGACGGGUCUGCACCCAGCCGAGUCGAUUACUUUGAGGACUCAACAAUCCGACCUACUGGUUCUCAGCAGAUGCAGCAGCAGCAAGGAUGGCCUUCUGUGGCGCCUCUUAACUAUUAUCAAGCAUCAACCAGUGGCCCCGGACCUGAAGAGCAAGAAGAGGAUGCUGGCUCAAGCAGGAGUCGUUAUGUGCCAGGCAAUGCCUUUUCUCAACAGGCCUAUGCCUCUCAGCAACAACAUCAGCAACAGCAGCAAGUUCCUCGAGUACCCGUCCCUGGCAUGCCCGAGAUGAAGAGAACACUGCAAAACAACGGCGGUCAGAGUCCUCCUCCGCCCACCAGAUGA